CACAUUAUAAGAGAAUUAAAAUAUAUUAUAUUAAUAUUAUAUUAUAUUAUACGAAAUAGCCACGACUGCCUUGCGGUGUUCCUGCGAUCUUGUGAGAAAAACGAUACGUCAACAAAGAUUAUAUACAUCUGACAGACCGCGCGGAAUCGUCGAAAUCAUGUUGUGUCAACAAAGCCUCAGUUGUUGAUAGAAGCGGUGCGCGUUAGCAUGAGUGAAAGAAAUCGGGCAGUAGCGCACACGUACGCGGUUUUCGCUUGUGUGCGUCGCCCUCUCCUACGGUGAGCCGUUGGGCCACGGCUGCAAAUUGGCAUCUCUGCGCAACGCGAGGCGCGACCGUGCCUGUUUCUAGCAGCGCCGACCAAUCCUUAGUUCGAGCUGACCUUCCACCAUGGUAAGAUCCAAAAGCAGCAGAAAAAGUUGCACGACGACGACCGCGACAGAGACAGCGACGACCGCGACGGAGAUGGCGACGACCGCGACAAAGACGGCGACGACCGCGACGGAGGCGGCGAUGACCGCGACAGAGACGGUGAUGACCGCGACGAAGACAGCGACGACCGCGACGGAGACGACGCCGAUCACGACGAAGACGGAGACGACUGCGACGGAGGAGGUGGCGACUGCAACGACAACGACGAUGAUGAUGGUGACGGUGACGGUGACGGCGGUAACUCGGACGUCCCCCCUAAAAUCCAGUGGGAUGCCGCGGAACAAAAUUCAUACGGCUGGUAUGUCGUACGAUAUAGAAAAGCGCAGGAAAGCUGCCGUUCAGCGGGCUCUCAAGAGGGAGAGAGAGAGGGUGGCACGCCGGCAGAAGAAAGGACAGCGGCGGCUGGCUCACCGGCGCCGACGCCGCCGCCGCCACCGCCGCCACCGUCGCAAACAAUUUACGUACCCCCCCCCCCCGAAAGAAGAACAAAUGAAAAAAAAUAAAGAGGACGGGACGCGAACCAGCAACCUACAGACUUUCAGUCCGACGCCUAACUCGCUGUGCUACGCUGAGGCUCGACAACCUACUUCAAAGCAAUGGUACUAA